AUGCUAUUUGAAAAAGAUAGACUAGAAACAUUUAAUGAACAUUGGAAAGACUUAAAAGGAUUUAAAUUUUGUACACCUAAAAAUUUUGCUGAGGCUGGCUUUUAUAAUAGUAGUUCAGUUAAAUUUCCAGAUAAUGUAAAAUGUUUUGCCUGUUUCAAAGAGCUUAGUGAUUGGGAAAAAAAUGAUGAUCCAUGGCAAGAGCAUGUCAAAAGAGGUAGCAAAUGCCCAUUUGUGAUUUUCAAAAAAAAAACCAAUCCGACUGUUGAAGAUUUCUUAAUACUUUUAUUUGAUAUUAGAAAAAUUAUAUUAAACCAAUACUUUGAAAAGCAAAUAGAAGGAAUAAAACAUAAAGAAAAAGUAUUAUUAAAAUAUAUAACCGACAUUCAAAAAAUAAAAAAACUCGAAAGUAAUAAAAAGAAAUGGACAAAAAUCUCCUUGCAAAUAAUUUGGGAAGAAUUUGUUGAAAUAAUAAAACAACCUAAACAAUUUAACAAAGUAAGGGAUAUUAAAACAAGUGAAAGUUCUUUUAUAAAACCAACUCCGAAAAUUGAUGGCUUUUCUAUCUUGGAAACAUUAGGUUCAGGGAGUUAUUCGACCGUCUAUAAAGCCGCUUGUAAGACUGGGAAUAAAGAAAUUGUAGCCAUAAAAUGUAUAGAAAGAAGUAUUUUAAAAGGCUCAGCUGUUGACAAUGUUAUAACAGAAAUUAAAGUGCUGAAACUACUGAAACAUGACAAUAUAGUAGAAAUGAAAAAUUUUUUUUGGGAUCAGACCCAUAUUUAUAUAAUUUUAGAAUACUGUGAUGGAGGGGAUUUAUCAGGUUAUAUAAAAAAAUGUAAAAAAUUAUCAGAACGAACUUGCAAAAAAUUUUUGCAGCAAUUAGCUUUAGCAAUUAAAUAUUUAAGAAAUAAUAACAUUUCACACAUGGAUUUAAAACCUCAAAAUUUGUUGUUAAGUACAAAACCGACUUUAACAUUAAAAUUAGCUGAUUUUGGGUUUUCUCAAUUUCUAAGUUUACAGGAAAAACAAAAUUCAUUAAGAGGUUCGCCUUUAUAUAUGGCUCCUGAAAUGUUAUUACUUCAAGAUUAUGAUGCUAAAGUUGAUUUAUGGUCCAUUGGUGUAAUCAUAUAUGAGUGUUUAUUUGGAAAAGCACCAUAUAGUUCAAAAACAGUCGAAGAAUUGAUUGAAAAAAUUAAAUUGCAAAAACCUAUCGAGAUUCCAGAACAAUGUGGUAUAUCCUCUGAAUGCAGAGAUUUACUUUUAAGACUGCUGCAGCAUAAUCCAAAUCAAAGAAUAUCAUUUAAUGAAUUUUUCUCUCAUUCAUUUCUUGAUUUAGAACAUAUAGCUAGUCCAGAAUCUUACCGUAAAGGAGUACAAAUUGUUUGCGAAGCUGUGCAAUGUGAUAAAGAAAAAAAAUAUAUAGAUGCUUUCAAUUUAUAUUGUGAAGCCUUAAGAUAUUUUGUUCCUCUAAUAAUUGCUGAAACUAAUACCAAAAAGAAAAAUGCUUUGAGAGCUAAAGUAAAUGAAUACAUAGCUCGUGCAGAAAGUUUAAAAAAAUUUGUUUGUAUAAGUAGUCAGAAUAAUGAUAUUGUUAAUAGUGAUAUUAAUGGUUUUGACCAUAUUACAGAAGGAGCAGUAUUCAGAGAGUUAAAUUUACUAUGGGCUGAGGAUGCACGAUUGGGAGAAGCAUUAGAAAUGGGUUGCAAUGCUGAAGAGCAUUAUGCUGAAGGUGAAUAUCGUUUAGCUUUCAAUAAGUUUCAAACAUGUAUCAGAAUCUUGCUUAAUGUUUUAUCAACAGAACCAUCUGGACGAAGGAGGGAUUUAUUACACAAUCAGGUUCAGCAUUGGAUGAAAGGAGCUGAAGCUGCAAAGGCUCUUUUAUCAGCAUUGGAUUUAAAUGAUGCGAAUUCAGCCGUUGAAAAAGAAGAUUCUUGCAGGCUUCAAUGA